GAGAUCACGCUCCUCUCUCAGUCGUCCAAAUCCUCUGUUGGUGAUGAUGACCACAUCUCCCCCUUCGAACGUGUAUACUUCUACAACGGCAUCGCCGACGACCCUCCUCACCUCUUCCAGCGUUCCGAUCUCAUGCAGCGUCCUUUCCCCAUCCCCGAAGAGAGGUCUACAGAGAGGUACUCUGCCACUCCGGUGAAGGCCGCGCACACCGCCAACCACCCUAUACUCAAGAACGCGCUCUGGAAGGGCUCGGUUGCGCCUGAAAUCAUUGCUUUGUGCAACGAGACGAGUCGUGGCAUCCACGUCUCGACGAUGCUGCCUGUGCGUUUCUCUACCCUUGACAAACACGGCAAGGACGUAUUCGACGACCACAUCGUUCUCUGGAUCUCCGUUCAUCCUGGCAACACCAAGAAGACCAGCUGCCGUGAUGCCAACGGCCCUAUCCUCGACAUCUUUGCCAAAUACGACAUCCACGAUGUCGCAGUCCACUGGAUCGAGGGCGCUAUGGAAUCGCUCGCUGGUCCUCCUGAGAUGAUGCCGGUCACCAGAGAUACCAACCCGACUCAUUGGAUCCGCCGAGCUCUCACAGCUGUUCUGGGCAUCCCCAUCGUCGCGCAGGACAUGGCGGACAAAGACUUGCAGGGGUCACUCGGUCUGUAUUUCCACCGUGGUAAGGACCGUCAUGGCAACAAGAGCAAGGACGUCCUGGCGGUGACAAACAAACACGUUGUGUCCGAGAAAAUCAACGACGACUACAAGUACAGCGGUCACCACGGCGAACGCAAGCAGUACAUCCGCAACUGCGGUCGUCGUCGCUUCGAGAAGCUCCUCAACGAGGCUCGUGCUCUGCUUGCUGAGAAGCUCGAGGACGCCACGUUGUUCGCCGAGCAGCUUGCGGAACCAGUGGCGAAUCAACCCGAGGAGGAGGAUCCGGAGUACAACAGGGACUUGAAAGAUAAAGAGCAGCAGCUGCAGAAAGCGCAGUCGGACGUUGGUGUCCUCGACGAGUUUCUCAAGCUCCUCAAGUCCACCUGGAACGAUGCCCUCGAUCGUAUUAUCGGCUGGGUCGACUGGGCCCCCAAGAUCGCCAAUGACGCCGACUCCCGCCGCUACACUCGCGAUAUAGGCGUCAUGACGCUCGAACGGGACAAGUUCGUCAAGAACUUCAAGGGGAAUGUCGUCUACCUUGCUGGCAAGUUCACCCGCGCCGAGAUCAACGCUUGCUUCUACCCCAACGCCGCCAACCCCUCCGUGUUCAAGUACCCAAAGGACCACCUCUUCAGGCUCUCGGGUGUCGUCGGCCCCGUAGCCCUCUCGACCCCGUACUUUGUCGACAAGAACAACAACCCCUGCUUCAUUGUUGCCAAGGCAGGCCAGGCGACCGACCUGACCUUUGGUCGCCAGUCCGAGCUCGAGGCUUACACCUGUAGGGAUCUCGAAGGUCUCUCGGUGUCCUGGGAGAUCGCAGUCUUCAACUGGGGGAGCAACAAGCACAGUAACUUCUCGGCUAAGGGAGAUUCUGGCUCAGCUAUCUUCAACGCGGAGGGAAAGCUGGUCGCUCUCCUGCACUCCGGAAUGCCCCGUGGCACGUCUAACCAUGUUACCUUCGGAACCCCUGGUCACUAUGUCAUGGAGCUCGUCUUGCAGUAUUACCCCGACGCCGAUUUCUCUCGCUUGAAGUUCGAAGAAGACGAGGCCACCGCCGCCUGAAUCCUCCAAGUCGUAUUUUUCCCGUUGUUUCCACCUCCGUCACCACUGUCUUUUCCCCUCGACUCUGUUUUCUAUCCUAUGGUUGUUGGGUUCAAACGCGUGUCUUUCCACCGUCAUUGCGCUGGAACCCAUUGUCCCUUUGCCUUAUCAUUUUUUGUACUCGUAGCUAACGGACUUCGACAUCCUAGGUCUAAAACGAUUCCGCACGCUUCGGUUUUGUGCCCUCGACUUCGUCUUGACUCGUUUCUUGGCUCGGUAAUGUAACUCAUUGGUUCGUCGUCGACAUUGCCGCAACUCUUGACUCGCGAUUUCUGACUUGGCACUGAAGAAUGGACUUUCGCGUUAGGCGUUGUAGGUCUUUGGCUCGAUGAUGGAUCUUGUCAGGCGCCCCUUGCUUCUCAAUAUUGUAAACUCGCAACCUCCGCCUUCCGCCUAUGCGUGCAUUGUGUGUGUGUGUUGUACAUCGCUU